AUGGCCAGACAACUGCGCUCUCGAGCCUCUCGCCCGAACUAUGCCGCCUUGUUCCAGUAUGACGAAGAUGAAGACGAUGGCGCGGGACCGUCGAGUCAACCUGUGCUCGAAGAUGAGGGCGACAGCGGCAGCGACUUCGCGCCAGGCGAAGUCCCCGACCAAGCCGCCGAGGAAGACGAUGACAUGGUAGACGAAGAUGCAGAGGCGGAAGAAGAUGUACCAGAGGAGGAAGGCUCACGAGAACCCUCCAUAGGCCUUGCCUCCGACGUAGGCGAACCAUUCACCGCGGCUAGCACCCGAAAGCCCAAAGCCAAAGCCAUGCCCGGAUUGUCGUCAAAACCCAGAAAAUACGCCCUGCCUAGUGUCCACCACCGACACCGAGCUUUGCCUUUGUUUGACAGGUCUGGACCCGUUGAAAAACUGGUACAUUGCCCUGCGCCGUUUGGCUCGCCUCGAAUAUCGCCUACCAACAGCUGGUCUGUCAACCCAACCAUUCUUGAGCGCAUAAGCAAGGCUUGGGGAUCCAAUGUAGGCCCGGGUCCGCUGUGGGACUUGCUUGAAGACCGGGCAUGGUUCAAAGAGUCUGUGGCUAGUGGGGGUGAGAAGACGGCUGAUGAGAGGUAUCGGAGGCCGCGGGUUCAUGAAGGUGUCAGGGCACAAGGACUUGAGAUUCUCGACACGCAACAAGCUUCUCCGUACCUUCCAAUGGACGUGACGGCUACGGAGAAAGGAGUACCCAAGCUUCCGCCGCCCGUCCCGUGUUCCUUCGGUCCAUAUGGCAGACAGACGCGUAUCGAAAUGAGUAUGUUCGAAACGCGUAAAAUCGCGGACUUCAUACAGGGAAGCAAGGCCCAUGUGUUCAACCCUGGUGCACCCGUGUGGGCUCUGGACUGGUGCCCAAUACACCCAGAUGAUCGAGGUCGCCUUCGGUACAAACAAUACCUCGCCGUCGCGCCCUUUCCGUCAAGCACGCACUCGCCCACCAUCGGCGUUCGUGCACAACGACCCAUGCAUGCAUGUAUCCAGAUAUGGUCGCUGAGCCGAUCUUCUGACGCCAUGGACGUCGACGAGAGCACUGACGUGGAUAACGGCGACGACCCAGGGGAGAUGCGAUGCGAGAUGGUGAUAUGCAUCGAGAGCGGACCUGCGUUUGAGCUCAAAUGGUGUCCAUUACCGGCUAAUGACGCCGUCGAUGAGGCCAAUCCCACACAACCGAGGAAGCUCGGCGUUAUAGCUGGCACCUUCGAGGAUGGCUCCUUGUCGCUAUACACCAUCCCGGAUCCUGCCAGUCUGCACACUGACGGGAGUCAGCCAUCACAACCAAUAUACGUCAGGUUUGCGGAACCCUUGCUGAGAUUUGAACUCGAGGAGACGAUGUGUUGGGGGAUGGAUUGGGCUAAUAGCGAAGUGAUCGCUGUCGGCUGCACAAACGGAUCAAUCGCCGUAUUCAACAUUGCUGAUGCUCUCAAGCGGCCCGAAGAGAGAACACCCACACACUACUUUGUCGUACACCAAUCCGCCAUACGCACGCUCGCCUGGGUGCGCGCGCCGGUUGUGUCUGCGUCCGGCGAGCGGAGUGCAGACCACCCCACGGUGAUCACCAGCGGAGGAUACGACGGACUUGAGUGCGUCACCGACAUCCGUGACCUUGUGGGGAACGCCAUCAACCGGACAAGAGAUGUGGUCAAUUCGAUGGCGUAUUCGACUUGGUGCGGCGGACCUGUCACCUCUGACAAUGAGAAUACCAUCAAAGCGUACUCGCUUUCGCCGAGUAUGCUUGGGAGAGGUCAAGCUCUCCUCGAACCCGAUGGACCUGUUUGGAGCUUGGCGGUGUCGGACUACCAUCCUCAGCUAGCUGUUGGUGUGACGGAUGGCAGCCUGCUAACAACGAAUACAGUGCGGGCGACGCGACGCGGUGGCGCUAAUCCAUUCCUCAUACACAGGAUCUACCAACUAGACUACAGUCGGAAAGAUCAUGAAUGGCGCAUGCUGGAGAAGUUUCUGCCCAAGGAAGUGAUCAUUCGUUCUACCAAGGCCGCCGCUCGCGCGAAACAGGAUUUGCCCAUUGUAACUGGAGCGUGGCCUGCGCAGGUUGGCGUGCAGCGUGCGGUGUGGAACUCGGGGAACGGCCUUCGCGCGGCACCGUACCUCGCCUCGUCGACCGGCUCGGGGCUCUGCCGUGUCGACUGGCUGCUCGGUCGCUGGAACAGAGACAGGAUACCGUACAAUGGCGUGGAUCGCAUCCGGGGCGAGGUAGCGGUGGACGGAAAAGAGGAGGACUCGGACUCAGACGGCUGA